UUGAGGUUAGUUUGUUACCGCGGUCUUUACGUUUGUGUUAUUGUCUUUAAUUAAUCUCUCAGGAUAUUAAAAAAUAAAAGAUGAAGAUAGAAGAGGUUAAAAGCACGGUCAAAACUCAGCGUAUAUCAUCUCACAGCCAUAUUAAAGGUCUAGGUCUCGAUGAAAAUGGAAUUGCAAUUCAAAUGGCUUCUGGAUUGGUCGGCCAAGAAAGUGCCAGAGAGGCUGCUGGAAUUGUGGUGGAUAUGAUUAAGUCAAAGAAAAUGGCUGGAAGAGCUAUCCUUAUGGGAGGGCCCCCUGGCACAGGGAAAACGGCAAUUGCUUUGGCGAUCGCACAAGAACUUGGUAGUAAGGUGCCUUUUUGUCUUAUGGUUGGAUCGGAAGUGUACAGCUCAGAGAUUAAAAAAACAGAAGUGCUCAUGGAAAACUUUAGGCGAGCUAUCGGACUGAGGAUCAAAGAAACUAAAGAAGUUUACGAAGGAGAAGUUACAGAGCUGACCCCGGUUGAGACUGAAAACCCCAUGGGAGGUUAUGGCAAGACUGUUUCUCAUGUGAUAAUUGGAUUGAAAACGGCCAAAGGCACAAAACAGCUGAAGCUAGACCCGAGUAUUUAUGAAUCGCUUCAGAAAGAGAAGGUGGAGCCCGGCGAUGUGAUUUAUAUUGAGGCUAACAGUGGAGCAGUGAAAAGACAAGGCCGCAGCGACACCUUCGCUACCGAGUUCGAUUUGGAGGCAGAAGAGUAUGUCCCCUUGCCCAAGGGUGAUGUUCACAAGAAGAAGGAGGUGAUUCAAGACGUCACCCUCCACGACCUUGACGUUGCCAACGCUCGACCCCAGGGCGGACAAGACAUUCUCAGCAUGAUGGGGCAACUCAUGAAGUCCAAGAAGACUGAAAUUACAGAUAAGUUGCGGAAGGAGAUCAAUAAGGUAGUGAACAAAUACAUCGACCAAGGCAUCGCAGAGUUGGUGCCCGGAGUGUUGUUUAUAGACGAGGUUCACAUGUUGGACAUUGAGACGUUCACUUACCUCCACCGAGCCCUGGAGAGUGCCAUCGCUCCCAUCGUCAUAUUUGCGACCAACAGAGGCCGAUGUGUCGUCAGAGGUACAGAAGACAUAGUGUCGCCGCACGGUGUUCCACUAGAUCUGCUAGAUAGACUGUUGAUCAUCCGCACACUGCCUUACUCUCGGCCGGAGAUUGAGCAGAUACUGAAGAUACGAGCGCAGACGGAGGGUAUCAACAUUGACACUGACGCGCUGCAAGGGCUGAGCGAAAUUGGAUCCAGAACUACACUGAGGUAUGCUGUUCAACUGCUCACACCUGCAUACCUGACGGCUAAAGUAAACGGACGCUCAUCCAUCUCCAAGGAAGAUAUCCAGGAAUCUGCGGAACUGUUCCUUGACGCCAAGUCUUCAGCCAGAAUAUUAACUCAGAAUAAAGACAAGUUCAUGCAAUAGAAACUUAUUAUCACAAGUGUAUAGUUAUAGAGUUAAGAUUUACGUUUUUAUUUUUA